AUUUCCACCUCCAUGGGCCGUUCCACCGUCCAAAGCGCCAACGUUCCUUUUGGCCGAACUCUGGAGGAGAGCCGGAAGCUUUUGAAUCGGACUGCUGCGGUUGUCGAUGUGAUGGAGAUGAUGCAGUGUGAGGCUGAGCCACUGGACCUUCGGCGGUCGAGGACAUGGAGGAAAUUGUGGAUUCUGCUGUUUCCGGUGUUUUGCUCACGGAGAGGGAGCUUUGUACUGUGAGGGGGACCUUGAGAUCCGCUACGGCACUGUGUGAGAGGUUGACAGAGGUAGCGGCUGCUGGUAGAGCAAGUUCGCAGAGGUUUGGUACAACUGAGACAAGAAUUCCAAAGUUCUUUAGAGGCCAAAGAUGGUGAAGAUGUUUAUGGCCCUCUGGUGCAGACAUCAAAGAAUACUGUAGAUCAGAUUAAUCCAAAAUGUUGGCAAUUUUUGAGAACAUGAUAGCCAAACCACCGGAGGAGCUGAGGCUUCCGUCAGUGGGAUUGAAGAGCAGUUUGAAAACCAGGCAAGAAGUUGCAGAGAUUUAUCGGUCACUGCGCCCAGAAUCAGUUGUCUACAACCUAGCUAAUGGGAAUUUCAUGGCUUUGUCACAUGAAGAUGAAAGUCCUUUGCAUCCUAGGUGUAUUUUUGUUAUGGAAGACAUAUUCUGCAUAUUUACUGGGGCUUUGGAGAACACAUGUGACCUUAGGAGAUAUUAUGGUCUUUCAAGACAGGCAACUGAUGCUGUGGUUGUGGUUGAGGCUUAUAAGGUCUUAAGAGAUCGAGCACCUUCCCCACCAGAUCAAGUCAUUAGGGAUCUUCAAGGAAAGUUUGCAUUCCUUCUUUUUGAUGCAAAAUCUGGUACUCUUUUUGCUGCCAGGGACCGCGAAGGGAGUGCAGGUUUUCAAUGGGGACUGGCUGGUGAUGGAUCCUUAGUUUGCUCUGAUGAUUCCAACAUUGUGAGAGAGACUUGUGGAAAGUCCUGUGCACCUUUCCCUCCUGGCUGCAUAUUUAUGAAUGGGACUGGACUAAUGAGCUUUGAUCAUCCACUCCACAAGGUCAGAGCAAUUGUCAGGGAGGACGACGACGGGAACAUAUCAGAUGUUAUUUUCCAGGUGGACUUGUAUACGCGCCUCCACAGCAUUCGUCGUACUGGUAGUACCGCGAAUUGGUCAGAUGUUGCACUUGUUGAGGGAGAUUAAUUAGGUUCUCUUUUCUGCUACAGAUCAAUAACAUGGAGACAUGCAUACUUUCAUUGAAAAUGAAGGUUUUAUUAAGGUACAAACAUGCAAACAGUAUACAACUAUUGUUAGGGACGCCUUCAUUACAAUAUAUUAGCUGUUGAGAAUUACUGAA